AUGGCCAUCCAGCAGCCACCCUGGUCUCUUCCGAAGCGCAAGGAGGAUGAACCUGUCUUGAAGAUCUACAACUCACUCACGAAGUCGAAGACAGAGUUUGUCGCGAUCAAUGGACGACAUGUGAAGUGGUACAACUGCGGGCCUACGGUCUACGACGCGUCGCACAUGGGACAUGCUAGGAACUACGUGACGCAGGACGUGCUGAGGCGAAUCAUGACGGACUACUUCGAUUACGAUGUUCACUUCGUCAUGAACAUCACGGACAUCGACGACAAAAUCAUUCUCCGCGCUCGUCAAUCGUACUUAGUCAAAAAGUUCCGCUCGGAAACGGAUGCACUCUCGCGCGAUCUAGUGGACCAACUGGAGACAGCGUGGGCGGAUUACGUGCAGUCAAAAGUGAGCAAGGGAUUGCCAGACACGGACAGGCCGAGCAAAGGCAAGGAGAAGGAAGCUUGGCCGCAGCUUGUAACGCAGUUCCAAGACAAAGUGUGGAAGCAGGAGGGUCUCAAGAGGGACGAGAAGUUUGAGAUGCACUUUUCCGCAGCGCAUCGCACGUACGCGGCUCUUCUAGCGGCGGGAGAAUCCCUGCAGGCCGGCGAUGCGUCGCAGCAGCUCGCGCAUAGGCUCAUAGAUGACGCACACGAUAUUCUUGCGAUUUCGCUCGACAAGCAGCAUGGCAGCUCCGUGACAGAUCAUUCUAUCUUCCGAUCCCUCGCGGCAUACUGGGAAGACCAAUUCUUCAAGGACAUGCGUAGGCUGCGUGUUCGAGAUCCCGACACCCUGACUCGCGUGACGGAGUUUGUUCCGGAGAUCGCAUCGUUCGUUGAAGGCAUUGUGAAGAACGGUUACGCGUACGAGGUCGAUGGCAGCGUCUACUUUGACACCCGGGCGUUCGACAAGGCGGACGGACAUUACUAUGCGAAGAUCGAGCCCUGGAGCAAGGGCAACCGAGAGUUGCUGGAAGAGGGCGAAGGUGCCCUGACAGCGACGACAGGCAAGCGCUCAUCAGCCGACUUCGCACUAUGGAAGGCUUCGAAACCUGGCGAGCCUUCCUGGCCAUCCCCAUGGGGGCCUGGACGGCCUGGGUGGCACAUUGAGUGCUCCGUCAUGGCGUCAGCUGUCUUGGGGGAUAACAUGGAUAUCCACUCCGGCGGAAUAGAUCUCGCCUUUCCGCAUCAUGACAACGAAAUGGCACAGUCUGAGGCCUAUCACAACUGUUCAGCGUGGGUAAAUUACUUCAUCCAUACUGGUCACUUGCAUAUCGAAGGCCUCAAGAUGAGCAAGUCGUUGAAGAAUUUCAUUACGAUUGAUGAAAUUCUUCAAAAAUAUACAGCGCGACAACUCCGCCUUGCAUUCCUGAGUCAGCUGUGGAACGCAAGGGUAGACUUCUCGGAGUCGCUGAUGACAGGCGAAGUUCGGAACUUCGAGACAACGUUUAAUAACUUCUUUGUCCUCGUGAAAGCCCUUAUCACUCAAGCCAACGAAGAGGGUGCCCGACUGGAUGGCAGGAAUAGGUUCGGUGACGCAGAGCACGAGUUAACGAACAGUUGGCACCGUCUCCAGUCCAGCCAGCAUGGUUUCCGAGUCGCUCUUUGCGAUUCGUUCAACACGCCGGAGGCACUCAACGUGCUUCGAGAGCUCGUCUCUCGCACGAACGUGUAUAUCAACUCUCGCGGCAAGGACCUCGAAGUCGGCGUCGUCGUGCGAGUCGCUGGCUGGGUCGGUAAGAUGCUCCGCAUGCUUGGCUUGGGCGAAGGAGAGACGUCGGAGAUCGGUUGGGGACAGGAGCGAUAUUCGGGAGAAGAAAGCGUUGACCGCGAAGAGAUUCUCAUGCCGUACCUUCGCACGUUGGCCUCGUUCCGUGAUGGAGUGCGAAAGCUGGCCAUCGCGAAGGGGGACGCAGCUCUGAAGGACAUUCUCGCGCUAUCGGAUAAACUGCGGGACGUCGAUCUGGUCCCGUUAGGGGUCGCCUUGGAUGAUCUGGAAGAUGGCAAGGCUCUCGUGAAGCUAGUUCCGCCCGCAGAACUGCUGAAGGCGAGGGAGGAGAAGCGCGUGCAGGCUGAGGCAAAAACUGCGAAGAAAGCUGCGGCCGUCGAAGCUGACCGGCAAAAACGGCUGCAGAAAUUGGAGAAGGGGCGCGUGGCUCCACAGGACAUGUUCAAGCCUCCCCACGUCCGCGAGGCCACAUACGGCAGCUGGGACGAGAGCGGGCUUCCGCUCACAGAUGGGGACGGGAAGGAGUUGAGCAAGAACCAGUCUAAGAAGGUGCAGAAGGAAUGGGCGAACCAACGGAAACUUCACGAAGAGUUCUUGGCGUGGCAGGAGAAUGAGUAG